GCAGGAAGUGCCCUCCGGUCUCUGCGGGACACUGCGGCUCCUGGGCGCCCAAGCCGCUUCUCUUCUUCUUUCCUCCUCCUCCUCCUCCCCUUUCCUCUCCUCGCUCAAUAGACGGCCCUGCCUGCACCCGGUCAAGGGACCCGUAUAAGCUACAGGAGGCCCCGCGCGGCCGACGAGGCGGUGGGCUUCAGGAAUGCCUUUUGGGCAACACACAAAGGGUAGCAGCCAGUGGAGGUCUGGGUAGCCAAGUGCGCCUCUGCGGUCCGGGGCGAUCCGGCAUGGAGGCGUCGCCGUCGCCCCCACCGGGGCCCGGGAAGGAAAACAACAGGCGGCGGCGGCGGCGCCUGCCCGGCAGCCACCGGCGGCUUUAUCCUGCAGAGGAAAGUUUAUUUGCUAACAGGGCAGCCUUUGCCGCCACAGAGUGAUGCGCCAUGCCUAUAGUGGACAAGCUGAAAGAAGCCCUGAAGCCUGGGCGGAAAGACUCUACUGAUGAUGCUGACUUGAGCAAACUGUUGGCAGCUUCUGCAAAGAAGGUUUUGUUGCAAAAGAUUGAGUUUGAACCUGCCUCCAAGAAUUUCUCCUACCAGCUGGAGAGUCUUAAGAGUAAAUAUGUUCUGCUGAACCCAAAGACGGAAAACCCCAGUAGGCACAAGGGCUCCGAAGAAGCAUCUGUCCGGAAACAAGGCAGUGAGCAUGCCCUGGGAGGAGAUGGAGUGCCAGCCCCACAGAAGGUCCUUUUCCCUGUGGAGCGUCUGUCCCUGAAAUGGGAGCGGGUGUACCGUGUCGGAGCAGGACUCCACAACCUGGGCAACACUUGCUUCCUCAACUCCACUUUGCAGUGUCUGACCUACACCCCGCCUCUGGCCAAUUACCUGCUUUCGAAGGAGCACAGCCGCACUUGCCAUCAAGGAGGCUUCUGCAUGAUGUGCAUUAUGCAGAAUCACAUGAUUCAGGCUUUUGCCAACAGCGGCAAUGCCAUCAAGCCAGUGUCCUUCAUCAGAGAUCUUAAAAAGAUUGCCCGGCAUUUCCGUUUUGGCAGUCAGGAAGAUGCUCAUGAGUUUUUGCGGUACACAAUUGAUGCCAUGCAGAAGGCCUGUCUCAACGGUUAUACCAAGCUGGAUCGUCAAACUCAGGCUACUACGCUGGUGCAUCAGAUCUUCGGCGGCUAUCUCCGCUCUCGAGUAAAGUGCUCCGUUUGCAAGAGUGUCUCGGACACUUACGACCCCUACCUGGAUGUGGCUUUGGAGAUCAGGCAGGCUGCCAACAUAGUUCGGGCGUUAGAGUUAUUUGUGAAGGCUGAUGUGCUGAGCGGUGAGAAUGCCUACAUGUGUGCAAAGUGCAAGAAAAAAGUGCCAGCCAGCAAGCGCUUCACCAUUCACCGGGCAUCCAAUGUACUCACAAUCUCGCUCAAGCGCUUUGCCAACUUCAGUGGAGGCAAGAUCACCAAGGAUGUAGGCUAUCCUGAAUUCCUGAAUAUCCGUCCUUACAUGUCGCAGAGCAGUGGUGACCCUGUCAUGUAUGGCCUGUAUGCUGUGCUUGUACAUUCAGGAUAUAGCUGUCAUGCAGGGCAUUACUAUUGUUAUGUCAAGGCUAGCAAUGGGCAGUGGUACCAGAUGAAUGACUCUCUUGUACAUUCAAGCAACAUCAAAGUUGUUCUCAACCAACAGGCCUAUGUGCUCUUCUAUCUUAGGCUCCCGAGCAAGAAGACUCCUGAGAUGACCAUCUCUAAAAGCAGCUGUUCUGUGUCCAACCGAGCAAGCAUUGUCUCCAGCCACAUGAAGAAAAGCAUGACCAAUGGUGCCCUCUCAUCACCGCUAGUUAGCAAAAGGCAAGACAUGACUCAGGCAAAGAAGAGUUCAGAAGCAGAGGAAUCUGGAGUCCCCGUUUCUCGUAGUUCCUUUGCUUCCAGCUCUAAACCUCAGAAUGGGAUCCUCCCUCUUCCUCCUGCUUCUUCCAAGCUCAUCCUGAGCACCGGAUUCUUGUCCCCCAAGCUCCCAUCCAAGCCCAGUUUCCUGGAUGACUUAAGCAAAAGAUCCAAGAAACAGCUUCUCAAAACCUCUCAGGACUUCAGUGAAGAUGGCAGUGCCAAAGUGGACACGGGCAAGCAGAACUCCUGGGGCGACAAAGGGUUGGCGUCAUCUUCACCGCCGGCAGACACGCCCGGAGGAGACCCUGAGGCCAAGGGGCGUGACGAGGUCAUAGAGCUGCCAAGCAAAGACUCCUUAUCCUUGACGUCUUCUUCAUCAUCUGCAUCGUCUUCUAGCAGCUCCUCCUCCAGCCCUGCACACAACGCGGCCAAGGGGCUGCUACAUCCUUCGGUCGGCAUCAAUGGUUACUGCUCCUCUCAGGAAACGGACUGUGCCUCUGGGAAACCUGUUUCUGAGGACUCAAAGUUUUCCAAGCUAAAGUCACCCUUGCUUGCUAACGUGACCAAUCUGGAGUUGGGAAGCACGAUGUCACCCCCGCCUGCGAAGAAGCUGGCACUUUCUGCCAGGAAGGGCAGCAACACACAGCAGAAAGUGAGCGGCAGUGAGCGUCGAGUGCCGCCCCACUCCCCACCACCAGCUGCCACAAACACCAUCCACCCUGUCUGUGCCGCUGUGCUUGGCUGUCCCAGGGUGCUCUCGCCUGCUUCCAAACCUUCAGCACCUCCACAACCAGCCAACAGCACUUUUGCCAACUUCACACCCUCAUCCAGCUUCAAAUCUCGCUGCCUCUCUGCUGCCCCUCUGUCACCACCUGCUAUGUCCGCACAGGCCCCUACUCACUCUUAUCCAAACAAGGACAAGGGGCCUCUCCCUACCAGCUCAAAGAAGAAAAAAAGGAAGCGUAGCUCCCUAGAGGAAGAGCAAAGUGCCCACUGCAGCCCAGCCAUGUCAGACAGUGAUGCUGAGGCGACCUGGCUCUCUAGGCCUCCCAGGAAGAAGAGGCAACUGAAGGAAAAUGGGAGCACCGUGACUUCUCCAGAGAAAUUUAACCUGGUGGCAUCUGGAAAGGAAGAGGAAGGGGAGGUGUCUGGGGACUGCAAGGCAUCAGAUUCUAGUCUAACCAGUUCCAUCCGGAAGAAGAAGAAGAAAAAGAGGCUGCAGCAGAGGGAGGAAGACUGCACACCUUUGCUGUCCUUUGUGAGCAGCUUCCCUCCACAGAACGAGGCAGAAGUAUGCCAGCUACAUAUGCCAGUGAAAGAUCUCUGUAGCACAAAAAAGAAGAAGAAGAAAAAGAAGAAAAUCAAUCCGCUUCCUUCACAAGGAUCAGACCAAGGCAGUUGUGCUGGAGAAAGUGAACACCGCAAGCGCAAGAGGAGGGAGGAAGAGGGCAGCUCUGCGCCUGCAGUCAGCAGCUCCCGAGAAGAACUUAGUGAGAAUGGACUUCCUUCAGCAAGAACCAGCUCCCCAGCAGCAUCAGCCUAUGACAGCCAGCUGAGACAUGAGGGUGUGAGCUCCCUGAACAUCCUGAAUCCAAAGAAGGAAGUGAAGCAACAUAAAUGCGGACAAUCUGAUGUUGUCCAGGAGCUACUGAAGGGUUCUUUGGACAAAGCUUAUGGAAAGCAAGUGCUGACAUGGGAUGGUGAGGUGUCGGCUGUCAGCCAGAAUGCUGUACAAGAUGCUAUAUGGUCCCAGAGGCAGACAGUCCUUGAUGAUUGGGAUGAAGAGUUUGACAGCGGGAAGGUAAAGAAAAGCAAGAAGCUCAAACGUGAGCAAAGAAGAAGCUUCAAUGCCUUCCAAAAAUUGCAAAGCCGGCGUAACUUCUGGGCUGAGACGCAUCCGGCUAAAUUGACGAGCCUGAGCUACCGGCUUUGAGAUGAUGAGUCCUUAGCUACCGCAGUGCUAUGGUGAAUUCCUGUACUUUGACACUGCUAUUGACCAGCAUCGUACUGUCGACAGCCGCAGGUUCCCAGCCUGGCAGAAUUCACAGUGAAGGUUCUGCUCCUGCUCCCAAGUGGGAUGCUGCGAUUACGGAGGGUUCUGCUGGAUCAUCUCUGCAGCUUGGUGCGGAAAUCGGGCGUCACUGCUAUUCGUGAGACUGUUACGAGGAGCAUUUGCCAGCGAAGGCAGUGUUCCAGGGUAGUAGUGAACAUCAGGCAUGGAUCAGCAGUGAGGCCAGGAGUAACUAACCUUCUGGAAUGAAAUCCUUCCAGUGCCUCCCAAGCUCAGUGAGCUGUGAUGCCCUUCUCUUGCCUCCAGAGCCAGGAGAUGAAGAGAGCUAAAAGCUGCGUCUGACUCCUUCGAAACGGACACUGUAUUGCCUGAAGUGGCAUUUGCCUCUUUCCUUGCUCCCCAGCUACGUCAUAAUAUGGCUUUUCUUAAUACAUUUCUCCCCUUUACCUGGAAAUGUUCUUCGACACAAAUAUUUUUCUAAGUAGUUCUCCACAUCUCUUUCCUGUUGUGAAGAAUCCAUGAACUGUUUUUGGUACAGCAAGGAAAGUUGUUGGAGGGGUUGGCCAGCCCUGUAGAAUCAUGGGUCUUUUAAAAAAAAACGACCCAAACUAAAAAGCUUUUCUUUUCUUUUUUUGUAAACCCAAUUACUGAGUACUCAGGAGGUUAUGUGUAAUCAUGACAGCUUCUUCAUAGCAUCCUGUAACCAUAGCUAAGUCACAGUACCAUACCAGUUGCUGCAAUCUUACUAUUUUGUACAUGCAGGUGAAGGACUGGAUGUCUGGCUGUUCCUCAGUACUGAAGAAAAAUCCCUGUAAAUGGGAUUGAUUUAGACAAAGGAACAUUCACGCAUUCCAUUUCUGCAACUAGAAUCCUGCUUGCUUGGGUCUUCUGGCAAAACAAAAACCCAGCAUUUCAAUGGAUAGUUGUCAAGCCACAAAGGAGGAAAGAUCCCUUGUUUCCACAGGGUUGGCCUAAUAUUUUUUUUAAUUACUCCCUUGCAUCCACUGCUGCCUUCCCCAGUUUGGUCCCUGCCAGGUGUAUUGGGCAAGAAUGUCCACUAUUCAGGGUGGGUGGGUGUUAAUGAUGCAAUUGAUAAACCAACAUCUCUGAAGUCUCUGUGCACUCGUUUGGGAAGAGCUAUGGUGGACAUUAGUUAGGUAGCCUUUCCUGUAGUUUCCCAAAAGGGAAUGAUCAAUUUGAGGGGCAGUCCAUCUGCAUCCUGCCCAUUCUUGCAUCCCCUGCAUCUAGGAGGCCAUUUUGUUGCCCUUUCAAUGUUUGCACCCAUUUUCAUGCAUCCACACAUUGGGUGCAAGGGUUGAAAACAAGCCAUAUUCUUUCUACCAUGUAACAUAUAUAAACACAGCUGCAAGUUUUGGCCCUUGUGUUUAUUUUGAGCUAAUGAUUGUUGUUUUUCUUGCCUUGGGGGAGGGGGGGCACAAAGACUCUUCUUGAUAGAAUCUCUCCUGCUGGCGGUGCCCAUUCUCAACUCUCCUGCCGACAUAUAGAUACCCUGAACAAGGGUAUGUUUUGCACCUCAAAUUGGGGCUUAUUGCUGUAGCCCUAGUUGUAGCAAUGGUUCGUGGUGCAAUAAAGGAAUGUUUUAUGUA